CGGUGACGUCGUCCUCCCGGGGAAGGAAAAGCCUUGGCCGAGGGGCUGGUGUCUGGGCAGAAGCAGUUGCAUCAGAUUAUCCAAGAUCUGAGAUCAACCAAGGGGAAAAGGACUUGUCCAAAAUGGCAUCGGAGAGUGGGAAGCUGUGGGGUGGCCGGUUCGUGGGCUCAGUUGACCCCAUCAUGGAGAAGUUCAACGCAUCCAUCGCCUAUGACCAGCGCAUGUGGGAAGCCGACAUCCAGGGCAGCAAGGCCUACAGCAAAGGACUGGAGAAGGCAGGGCUCCUGACCAAAGCAGAGCUGGGCGAGAUCCUUUGCGGCCUCGACAAGGUGGCCGAGGAGUGGGCCAACGGCACAUUUGUACAAAACCCCAGUGAUGAGGACAUCCAUACAGCAAAUGAGCGGAGGCUGAAGGAGCUCAUUGGGGAGACAGCAGGGAAGCUGCACACCGGGCGCAGCCGGAAUGACCAGGUGGUCACGGACUUGAGGCUCUGGAUGCGAGGGUCAUGCUCUGCACUGUCUGCCCACCUCCGAACACUCCUCACAACCAUGGUGGAGCGAGCCGAAGCGGAAAAAGACGUGCUCUUUCCGGGCUACACCCACUUGCAGAGGGCUCAGCCCAUUCGCUGGAGCCACUGGAUCUUGAGUCAUGCCGUGGCCCUGUCCCGAGACCUGGAGCGUCUGCUGGAGGUGAGGAAAAGAAUUGACGUGCUGCCCCUGGGGAGUGGGGCCAUUGCUGGCAACCCCUUGGGAGUGGACAGGGAGCUUCUCCGAAAAGAGUUGAAUUUCAGUGCUAUCACCCUCAACAGCAUGGACGCCACCAGCGAGAGAGACUUUGUGGCGGAGUUCCUCUUCUGGGGUUCUCUCUGCAUGACACACCUCAGCAAGAUGGCGGAGGACCUGAUCAUUUAUGGCACCAAGGAAUUUAGCUUCGUCCAGCUAUCUGACGCCUACAGCACUGGGAGCAGCCUGAUGCCCCAAAAGAAGAACCCCGACAGUCUCGAGCUGAUUCGGAGCAAAGUGGGGCGCGUGUUUGGCCGGUGUGCAGGGCUCCUGAUGACGCUCAAGGGACUUCCAAGCACUUACAACAAAGACUUACAGGAGGACAAAGAGGCCGUCUUUGAAGUCUUUGACACCAUGAAUUCUGUGCUCCAGGUGGCCACUGGCAUCAUCUCUACCAUGAAGAUCAACAAGGCAUGUAUGGAGGAGGCUCUCAGCCCAGACAUGCUCGCCACAGAUCUGGCCUACUACCUUGUCAGGAAAGGGAUGCCGUUCAGGAGGGCCCACGAGGCCUCAGGGAAAGCUGUCUUCAUGGCCGAGACGAAGAAGCUGGCCCUCAGCCAACUCUCUUUGACGGAGCUGCAGACCAUCAGCCCCCUGUUCACCAGCGACGUGAGCCAAGUGUGGAACUACGCCAACAGCGUGGAACAGUACCAAGCCUUGGGCGGGACGGCCCAAAGCAGUGUGGACUGGCAGAUUCAGCAGCUGAGAGGCAUGCUGCGAACCCUGCCGCAAUAGAGACCUCCCCCCACAGACUCCCCAGGAGAGGACUGGGUGUUCAUGUUCUGACUUAGCCAUCAUCCCAGUGAGGGCAGGAGAGGUGGUGCAGUAGAGGCAGCAUGGGCCUGGGAGCAAAGGAGACCGAGUUCAAAGCCUGCCUCAGAGAGCUGGGACACCCUGGCCAAGUGACUUCACCUCUCUGGGCCUCAGUUUCCUCAUCUGUAAAAAGGGGGUUGGGCCUUCCUUCCAGCUCUGAAUCUACUGACUUAUGAUAAAGCAUUCCAUGGGGCUGGAGUGCAGGGGGUCUGGGCCUGGGAGGGGACGAAGGAAGAGAGAGAUGGGCAGGGAAGAGAGGGAAGAGACUCGGGUCUCCUAGAGCGUCAUUGCCCUUGGCCUCUCUUCCCUGGGAUCCUCAGCGCCUCCCCGGCUUCACUUACCGUGCUGGUCUAACUUGAGAAGGCCGGUAGAGACCCGGGCCCCAAAUCAGGCUUAUAGAAAGCCCGACGGAUCUGUAAUCCCUGUGAUUUUGUAGUGCCGACUUACAAAGAGACUCCCGAUGGAUUCAUCCACAA